GAGCCGCCUGCGAAGCGAGCGAGGUUCGUCGGCAAGCGGUCUCCGCGCGCCGCCGACGAGGCCGUCUAUGCUCAGUGCUUGGCUGCUGGAAACACUUGCGUUCCGUGGUCGUUCCUCGCCCUGUCCCAGCAUCUCGCGCACUCUCAGAAGUUCCUUGAUUUUGCUUUCUCUUCUGGCCCCCACAGCUACGCAGACGCGGCCGACGCGGCGCGGGAGUUCCACUCGCUGGAUGUAGUGGACCACGUCGACCUGCAGUCCCUCGAGCCUGGCAGGUACAUCCUCCAUACUCGCGGAGAUCCUGGCCACGGCGACCCGCUGGUGAUCUCCUCGGACGAGCCGCCCGUGGUUCUCCUGCGGGGCGCGGACGGCGCCCCCGAGCCCUGCGUUGUGGACCUGGCCGCGCAGCGCUGCGACGUCGCCUGGGCGUUCCGCGGCCCUGCGACCGACGGGCGCGACGUUCGCUGGGACGAGCGUCUCCGCGAGAUGGCCGGCGCCGAUGACGAGGGCGAGGCUCGGGAGUAUCUGGACCUGUUGAAGGGCGGCGGUGUGCCGGGCACCCUCGCGUGCCAGAAGUGCGCUUUUCGGGCGUUUGCGGAGAGGAGGUAUCUGCGACAUCGCGCAGAGACUUACCACACGAAGGAGCGAUCUUGCACGGCGUGCAACGCGGAUUUGCAGCUGAAGAUCGCCCGGGCGAUUUUUCAAUCAGCGCAGAGUGUGUUCAAUCAGCCGGAGGCCUCGCCCCAUAGCCUGCUCUCCACGUCGGCCGCGCUCGUCCGCGACUGGGUCGCACCGUCCGAGGAAAUGCUCGCAGUGCUGAAAAAGUCCAACGAGCUACCGCUGGUCACGGUGUGGACGGAAGACGGCGCCGUGAUGAAGCUGAAAAAUCAGCCUGGGUCGACCAUGCGGUUGAGUUCUAAGGUCUAUUACGCGGCUGGCUUCCAGGCAGGGGUAGAGUCGAUCUGUGAGCUCGUGGAGCACAUCUUCACUUCGCCCGAGAGUGCAGUCGUGGCAAUGAAAAAGAAGGUCAUGGACGCGGCAGUGGCGAACGGCGAGUUCAAGUGCAUCAGCCACGACGCCACCUUCAAGGCCGCCUUCGCCAUCACCGGGCAGACGCCCAUGUCGCAGAAGGCCGGGGGGGUGCACGCGCUGCGCGCGUUCGUCGCGCAAUCUGGGCUGUGCCCAGGGCGGGGCGGGCAGCGCUCAGAGGGGGAGGAGGACUUCUCGUGGGCACUCGCCGAGCUCAUGCCGGAUGGCGCGAUCCCGCAGGUGGAGUACUUGCUGUCGGAUUCCCCGAGUGAGUAUUUCCUCCGCCACUUGCCGAACUGCCGCGGAGCGGCGGAGGACCGCGUGCACUUAACGAUGAGUAUCGACGGGUGCACCAACGAGCGCAGGACAGCGCUAUCAUGGCGAGUUCUGAAGCUGCGCGAGAAGUUCCAGCAUCCCGCGCCGCCAGAGUGGUGGAUCUACCACGGCGAGCCCAUGGGCACCCCAGAGCGGGGCAACGUUCGGCCAGGCCGGGCAUUCACCGAUGCCCAGUGGGAGGCGUACCUCGAGAAGCCGGUCACCGGCGUGCGCGAAUGCGUCGGGCCCCCCCGGCGCAUCGCGGCGAUGUACCCGCGCGCGUGGACCCGCGAGGAUCUGAGGGGGGUGGCUGUGUUGCGGCAUCAUCAGCGCGCGGGGUCCCAUUUCUAUUGCGCGCAGAACGCGUCCGUGUUCAGGCUUUUGUGCCCGGACGUGUUGAAGAACGCAAUGCGGGGCGAGGCCAUCCAUCGCCAGGUCGAGGACCUGGGGCGCCGCGCCUGCCAGUGCCGCCGCGAGCGCAUCCUCCUCGCGGGCAAGAUUUUCGGCGUCUACAAGGCGCUCGCGCGCUCGUGCCAGCCAUGCGCAGUGUCUCUCCGCGAAGGGUGGAGGAUCGCGCUGGUCGCGGGCGCGCUCUCCAAGGGAGCGGCGCCAGAGUUUCAGGGCGGCGGCCCGGUGGCCAUCCGUGGUCGCGACCAGCUGCGCGCGCUUGUGAUUGCAGCUCCCAGUGAGGCGGUCGUCGAGCACUGCGCGAACCGCCGCGCAUCCAGGAAGGAACGCACAGAGGACCAGCGCGCCAGUCAGGAGAGCCGCAAUGCCGCUAG